UCUCCUCUCGCCGCCUCGCCGCCUCUCCGCUGCUCUGCGAGAUUCGCGGACUCGGAUCUUGGCGCUGCAGUUGCAGUUCGCAGUUGGCAGCGCUGCCGGCGUCGCUGCCUGCGCUCUUGCGUAUUAGUAACGUCGUCGUCUAUCAGUGUUGUUGUUGUUUGUUUGUUGUUGACGCUGGUCGCGGUGUGCGAAUUUUUUAUUUAUUUUCCACACACACACACACACCAGCACACCCUUUUCGCCUGCUUCCUCUUGCACCCCGCGAAGCAACAAGAACAACCACAGCGAGAAAAACCUUUACGUGCGUUUUUCUUAUGACACAAAAAUUUAAGUUGACAUGCCAGGCCACAAAAAAAGAGCUGAAAAUGCAAAAGUGCUGUGACAACCAUAAAUAAGAGAAAUAGUAAAAAAAAAAAAAGGUUGAUAUACAAAAACAAAAAACGCCAAAUACCCAUAAACAAAGUCAAAGUUUUUACAGAACUACAAAAAAAGAACGCAAAUUUUUUAAAUAUUUACUUAGAUGAGCUUGUAAAUAUUGGGACAGUUUGGCCAGAAAAGUACAGUUGCGAUUCAGCAAUAUCGCCAAGAUCUCCCCUUAAGAAAUAGGAAACUAUGGCCGAUUGUUCGUUUGUCAGGUGUCUGCAAGAGCGUCGGCUCAUCAAAAGGGAGCUGUUGAAGUGGUCCAAGGACAUGCUGCACAUUGUGGGCCUAGAACGCGUUGCUGAGGAAUUUAUGGGUCGCAGGCAAUGGAAACAUUAUCAAGAGCAACUGACGCGCAGCCACUUGAAUAUCGAGGAGCAACAGCCCAUAGCAAUAGCCGGUUCCGAGGACGAGCCACCGCAAUACAAGCCCAGCAGCAAGGAGCCCAACCACUGUGAAACAGAGAACCACCGUCUAGAGCAGCACCACAACGGCAGCCAGCUGCUGGUAGAAGAUUUCGAGAACAACCAAACAUCACACGAUUCAUCACGUACACCAACACCGGGAGCCACCAGUACACCAUCACCACCGCCUGAACCCAUCGAUUGGAGACCGUCGGCCAAGUGCAAUUUCUGUGUUAACGGUCGCCUGCUAACGGUUAACGCCCAGGGCGAAUUGGUGGCCGAACCAGCAGCAACAGCCACUAGUAGUAGCACUAGUAAUAACCACAUUCAUCAGCUCGACAGUGACAGCGACUCGAGCACAUCACUGCCCCACCAGAGCAACAGCUACACCAACAGCAGUGGCAACAGGGCUCGCCACAUUGCCGCUGCAACAGCAACACCAGCAACAACUGCAACUGCAACAGCUUCAGCGGCAACAUCCGGCAAUUCCCUCGAACUGUACAAGCUGCUGACCCAGCGGGCAGCCAAAAUGACAUCGAUGGACUCGAUGGCCGCCCAGCUGGCGCAAUUCUCACUGCUGGCCGACUUCAAUCUGAUCAACUCGCUGGCCAGCCAGCAGCAGCAGCAGCAACAGCAACAGAUCGCUAGUUCGGUAACGCCAACUACCUCAGAAGUAUCUGCAGCCGCAAUCAGUCCCGCACUCAAAGAUACGCCCAGUCCCAGUGCCGAUGCACCGCUCGAUCUUAGCAGCAAGCCAUCGCCGAACUCAUCGAUUAGCGGCGAUGUGAAGUCCGUCAGAGCCUGUGUCACGCCCACGCCUUCGGGAAGAAGGGCGUACAGCGAGGAGGAUCUGAACCGGGCGCUCCAGGACGUGGUGGCCAACAAGCUGGGCACCCGCAAGGCGGCCAGCCAGCACCAUGUGCCGCGCUCCAUUCUGGUCAACCGGCUGUUCAAGAUGCAGCACGACCUGGACCAGGAUGUGCAGGACGGCGACGAGCCGGAGGACUCCAACGACGAUGGGGAGGCGGAGGUGGACAGCAAUGCCUCGACCCCGGCGCCCUCUUAUCCAGCGGACUUUGCCAGGUCGCAGCUGCGCAAGCUGAGCCACCUGUCCGAGCACAAUGGCAGCGAACUGGGCGAGGAUCUCGAGCGGGGAUCGCCAAAGAUGGGACGACAUGCGGGUGGCAGCAGUGCCAGUGCUACUCCCGGGGCUCUGCCCUCCAUCCCGCUGGAUGCCAAUGUCCUGCUGCACACACUCAUGCUGGCCGCCGGCAUUGGGGCCAUGCCCAAGUUGGAUGAAACGCAGACGGUGGGCGACCUGAUCAAGGGUCUGCUGGUGGCCAACAGCGGCGGGAUAAUGAACGAGGGACUGCUCAAUCUGCUGUCCGCCAGUCAGGAGAACAGCAAUGGCAAUGCCUCGUUGCUGCAACUGCAACAUCAGCAGCAACAGCAGCAGCAGCAACAUGUCGCCGCCUACCGACAUCGCCUGCCCAAGUCGGAGACUCCGGAGACGAACUCCUCGCUGGAUGCCAACGACGCCAGCGAGGAUCCCAUACUGAAGAUUCCGUCCUUCAAGGUCAGCGGGCCGGCCAGCAGCAGCAGCCUGUCGCCGGGUCACCACCCGCACCACCAUCCGCUGAACAACAACAACAACAACAGCCUCGGCGUCAGCAACAACAGCAACCACAGCAGCAGCAACAGCCACCGGAACGGCAGCAAUCGCAGUCCCCACUCCGCAUCGCCCAUGCUGGCCGCCGCCGUGGCCCAAGGCGGUGGCUAUGCCGGCGGCAAUAGUCUGCUGGCCUCCUCCUCGUCCAGCAUUCAGAAGAUGAUGGCCAGCAACAUCCAGCGGCAGAUCAACGAGCAGAGUGGCCAGGAUGGCCUGCGGAAUGGCAAUGCCAGCGACUGCAGCAGCAACAAUGGCGGUGGCUCCUCCUCCUCGCUGGGCUACAAGAAGCCGAGCAUUUCGGUGGCCAAGAUCAUUGGCGGCACGGACACCUCGCGCUUCGGCGCCUCGCCCAAUCUCCUGUCCCAGGGCCACCAUCAGGGUCACCACCUGAGCCACCACCAGCAGCAGCAGCAGCAGCAGCUGAGUGCCCAGGAGGCAGCUGCUCUAGCGGCGGGCAAGGGAACGCGGCCCAAGCGGGGCAAGUACCGGAACUACGAUCGCGAUAGCCUGGUGGAGGCGGUCAAGGCGGUGCAGCGGGGUGAGAUGUCGGUCCACCGAGCGGGCAGCUACUACGGCGUACCCCACUCCACGCUGGAGUACAAGGUCAAGGAGCGUCACCUGAUGCGACCCCGCAAAAGGGAGCCCAAGCCCCAGCCCGAUCUGGUGGGUCUCACGGGACCCGCUAACAAACUGCAGCUAGACAAGCUCAAGGCGGGACCCCACGGGGGCUCCAAGCUGAGCAAUGCCCUCAAGAACCAAAACAACCAGGCGGCAGCAGCGGCGGCGGCGGCAGCAGCAGCGGCGGCCGCUGCCACGCCCAACGGCCUCAAGUUGCCCCUCUUCGAGGCCGGUCCCCAGCAGCUGUCCUUCCAGCCGAACAUGUUCUGGCCCCAGCCGAAUGCCCCCAACGCCUACCGCCUGGACUUCAACCGCAUCACGGAGGCGAUGCGGAAUCCCCAGGGCUCCGGUCAGCACGGCCUGAUGAACAGUGCCCAGGAGAUGGAGAACAUGUACGACGGCAUCAUCCGGAAGACGCUGCAGUCCAGCGAGGGCAACGGCAGUGCGGCGGGCAAUGGCAGCAGCAAUGGCAAUGGCCAUGGACAUGGUCAUGGCCACGGUCAUGCCCUGCUCGAUCAGCUGCUGGUGAAGAAGACCCCUCUGCCGUUCACCAACCAUCGGAACAAUGACUACGUGGCCACCUGCUCGAGUGCCAGCGGCGAGAGUGUGAAGCGGUCGGGCAGUCCCAUGGGCAACUAUGCGGACAUCAAGCGGGAACGGCUGAGCGCCGACAGCGGCGGGAGCAGCGAUGAGGAGCACUCGCCCAGCCACAGCCACAUCCUGCACGGCAGCAGCAGCAACAACAACAACAGCGAUCUGGCGCACAACAAGAACAAGAGCGGAGGCGGUGGCGGUGGCGGUGGUCAGGCCAAUGGGAAUGGCAGGAGCAGCCGGAUGACGUCGCGGGAUGACUCGGAGACGGAUGCCAGCAGCCUGAAGAGCGGCGAGAGUGGCGGCGGCCAUCACAACCACAAAAUCAUGGAUCUCAAUGGGAGCAGCAGCAGUCACAUCAAGUGCGAGGCGGAGGCGGUAAGCGGCGGGGGCCACCACAGUCCACAGUCCUCGCCCACCGCCGCCGCCAGAGCCUCCAUCCUCCACGAGAAGCUGGCCCAGAUCAAGGCCGAGCAGUUGGACGGGAACCAGGCGGAGCAGUUAUAGGAGCAGCCGAUGGCCACGAAUCCAGCGUUCGCCUGGCCACCGCUGGCCGCCCACUACUACAGCUUCUAGGGACGCGAGGGGGAGGGGAACCACCACCAAAUUAAGCCACGUUUUUUGAUAGUACCCUACAAAACACUAUAUAGAAAUAUGCAUACAUGUAUCUAGAUCUAUGCCAGCGAUGUGGUAAAUGUGCGCUGGCCCUUAGUUAAAUGUGUAAUCAACUGCAGAGGAGAAGGAAACAGCAUAGGAAACAGAACAGAACAGCAAGCAAGCAAACAAACAUACAUUUAUGCCCCGGAGUGUACAAUGUAUAUUUUUGUUUCGUUUUGACAAUCGACAAAUAGGCAUUCUCUUGUACAAACUUUCUUAAAAGCAAACAAAACAUAAAAACAAAACAAAUCUAAAACCUUAAGACCAAAAAAAAAAAGAAAAGAGGAAUACUGAGCAAAGCAAGAACCAUUUUCAUUUUGCAUUUUGUUUCGAACCGCAUUUUUGUGUUGAGUGUAUUUUUUUAAUGGAACAGAAACAGCAGUCCAGCGGAGAAAUACAUAUGAAAGCAGAAAUAUAUAGCCAACAGCAAAUCAGCAAAGCAGUUACAAGCCAACAACUUAAUCGACGUCUGUUUGGAUGGGUUUUCUGGCCCUAGAGCUAGGACCUUCGCACAUUCCAUAAGAUACUCUUAUACUCUUAUGUUCCACAUAUAUUUUUCUCCAAUUUACACGGUUUUUAUACGAUUUCAAUGCCAGUCAAAUUGUCAGCUCAAAUAGGGCCAAAACCCCCGGCAGGCGUCUUUGACAUAGACAAAAUGAGAAUAGCCAGCAACAGCAACUACAAUAACUACAACUACAACCAAGACCAUAACAACUACAACAAGCAACAACAUCAAUAUCCGAUCAAUAACAACCAACAAGCAAGCAGUAAUAAUACAAGACUCUACAAUACAAAGCAUAAACAGACACCAAAACAUUGAAAUAGCAAAAUUCAAAAGUGAAAACCGAAAAAAAAACAAAAACCAAAACAAAAUUAUCCACAAAAAUUCAACAUUUUUUAUGAUUUCAAAAACAAAGAACAAACGGAAAUCAAUAAACAAAGCUGCCUUCACAUUUACAAAUUAAAUAAAUUAGUAAGCAAAGCGAGACAGAGCACACAAAAUAAUAAUUCAAGUAAAACGCAAAACGCAGAGUAAAAAAUAAGAGAAAAUUCAAAAACAAGAGCCCCAUUAAUAAUCUUUUAUUUAGCCAAAACAAAUCUAGAAAACCAAAUUGAAUAACCCACAACAUUUUCCAAUCACAUACAUAUUUCCUUUUCCUUACAACAAUGCCACACAUAUUGAACUAAAUUAAGCAAAAUUAAACUGUUUCGGUGUUUAAAAAACGUGAGAAAAAUUCAAAAAAAAUUAUCUGUGUUUAGGCUUUAAAAACGGAAAUUUGUAUCUAAAAUCUCAAGAUUUUGGCUUAAAAGUAUAAAAAUAAUUGUGAACACACAUUUCAUGUACAGUCGCCUAACCACCAAAAGCAAAAAGCAUAAAUAUAUAAAGACUUUAUAUUACUAUAUACUAUAUGAUAUAUAUUUGUAUAUUUAUGUAUGUGUGUGUCUUCAUCACUACGCGUAUACCUCAAACCAAACACAUGAUCAUUUUGAGCAACUAAAUAUAUUUAAAUGUACUUAUACACUCUACACACUCUUUUACAGGAGAGCAAAACAUAUUUACACAGUUAAACCCCCCUAAACUUUGGCCCUCCUUUCGACGUAUCUAUAUUUCGUUUGACUUUGAAAUUCUAUCUAUGGGUAAACACUAACUAAAUGUCUGCGUAAAUGAAAAUAGAUGAAAAAUAUAUAAAUGUACCUAAGAACAUAUUUUGUGUGCUAGCUAGUAAGUGUCAAAAGAAAACCAUACAAAAACGAUAUACAAUAUAUUUAAAAGGAGACAAGUGGUGGAUAAAUUGUCGGUAAUAUUUGAAAAUAUUUAGUAAAUUAUAAUACAAGAAAAAAUUAUGGAUAGGCAAGGAAAAUUGUGGAAAAUCGCAAGCGAGAAUGCGUUUAAGAAUCACCAUUGAAAUCAUUUAAAAGCAUUUAAAAUAAUUAUAAUUUCCACGAAGCGAAUGGAUGAACAAAAACUAUUUAUUGGCUAAUCUCCCAAAUUACAUUUGAUGUGCAUAAAUGUUGUGGUUUAGUAUCAAAAACAAACGGAAAACAAAAUUAAAAGUUAAGGCUUAAAAAUGUAAAAUCAAAAUUAACUAAAUUAUGCAUUUGGUAUAAUCGAGAAGAGUUCUGCAAACCAGAGGAAUUAAAAAAUGUUUAUUAUACGAAAAAAUGAGGAGAAAAUGUGAAGAAGUGAAAAAUAAGCGAAAGUAGGUAAAGAAUGAAUGGAAAUAAAUCAAAAAGUAUUUAUUGCUAAUUUAAUUAUAUUUGAAGUAUACAUACAUAUUUAUUAUAUACAUACAUAUAUAUUAGACACACUAUCUGUGAUUAAUAAUCCAAAAUUUUGAAGAGCAUUUUCUGAAAUAAUGUUGGCUAGGCAUAUGCAAAAAGACAAAACCAAUGGAUAAAGAAAAACACACACCCAUGUAAACAAAUUGUAGACAGAUCGGAUAAAACCAACUAAACCAAGCACAAGCUAAGGGUCAAAUGCAGUUGACCCCGAUUGGAAAAUCGGAAGCUGCCUUUGGCCAAAGGAUUUCUUAAGCUACGGCACACAUCACUAAAACAGCAACUGAAUACUGAAGAUAAAAGAUAAAAAAUAAAAAAUAGAAAACAGUAAGCAGUAAGCAGAAGACAAACCCAAUGGUACUGUUCAGAACAUAUAUAGUUGUAUAUAUUUUGGAAUAAUGUUUACCAGUUCAAGUCAAAAUUAACAAGAAAACAUAACGCAGUCUUUUAUAAUGCAAAAUUAUACAAAAGAAAAUUAUAAAUAAAAUUCAGCAACGUUUAAAAUUAAAAGUAAAAAGAUAUCGAUGUAAAAAGAAAGAAAAUCAAACUUAAAAUAAUAAACAAGAUAAAGUGCAAUUAUACGGUUUAAAUAAGCAAAUUUAAGAAACAAAUGUUAUCAAAAAACAUGUUAAAACGAAGGAAACAUAUUUCGAAGCAAGUUUAGCUACAAAUUCCAAGGCAACUGAUAAUGACAAGAAACAUUUACAAGAAAAACCAAGAAAGCAUACACACUAACAGACAGCAAAGCCCCCAGGGUACAGUGCGUUUCAUGGCCAAAAGACACUAAAUGGAAUUCUUACAAAGCUUGAUUUGGAGGACACUGAAACGCACUGCUCCUAUGGGCACAUAGCCCUGCCAACAUCUGGAAACAGAGUUCAGGGUCAGGGAUAGGUCCCUAACGAAUGAUCAUAACUGCAGAAACCAAGUCGAGAGUCGAAAUGUCAACCUAGUGGUAGGUCUAAACACAAAAACAAAACAAACCAAUCGAGUGUAUUUGAGUAACAGCUUGAGAAUGUUGAAUUGUAUAGAAUUUUUGCAUGUUCACCUGGCGAAAGGGGCGUGGCUACGCCCCGUUCUUAACCCCAGGUGGACCGGCGAAAACGCUCAGGUACGUGUUUUAUUUUUCGGAGAGAAACAAGAUUGAUUACCCAUACAUUACUUAUUCUUUGUUUUACUACAACAUAAUAGUUAAUAUUUGUAUAAAAACGAUAUAAAAAAAAACGUGAAAGAAAACAAGCUUAAAAUUGAUAUAUUCAUAAUAUAAUUGUUUAAAAUGGUUUGAGAGCGAGAAGGAAGAAAGAAAGAGAGAGUUUCUAGCGUGCUUAAUGAAAUUGCUCAUAUUUGUGUAUAAAAUCUAAUUUGUUCAAUGCGAAUCAAAAUUUGCUGAAUAUAAGUGCAUAUAUAUAAUUAGAGUUUAUGUUCGAGUUUAGCUUAGCGCAUAAAAUUAUUACGAUUACAAUUAUUAUUAUUAAUUAUGAUCUAAACGUAGGCAAAUCAAAAUUUCUUCACAUAAAACAAUCAACUUCUAUUUUCAAAUAUUGUGUAGCAUUAACUAUGAUUAUUAUUCAUUAUUGUAUCGACUAAAAAUAUUUAGCGCGUUGUUAGCCUCGAUUUAUGGUUUGUACAUAUUAGACAACAUUUUAAUGGUAUUCUCCUCUUUUUUAUUAUUACUAGAAUUAUUACUCCCUAUUUUUAUUGACUUCUUAAAUGGGCAACAUCAUUUGAACUAUAGUGCAAUUGUUUCAAACAAAACCAAGCAACCAACAACAAAUAUAUUAACAUUAAAGAUUAAUAUAAUUUACAAGCUUUCUUUGCCGAUGCCAAGAAGGAUGAAUACAGCAUAUGUUUACCGUAUGGAUCGAAAAUCAAAAAUCAUUUUAAGUGCACAUAACUCUUUUAAAUAGCAGUUAGACUACGCCUAGGUUUUCCAUUAUUAUGCGCACGCUUCAGUCCAAAAAUUGAAAUUCUUCACAUUCUCAUUGUUCAGACCCAGACAUCACAAGCCAGCAAAAACUGAAAGAACUCAAAACUUUUCUCCUAAGUUCAACAACUUGAGCGACCGCAACAACUUAAGAUCAGCAAAGAUCACAAGCGAAAAAUGCUAAGAAACAAUAGCCCAGCCGUGAAAACAACCACAGAAUAACAACAAACAACAAACAACAAUAGCCCGAAAAUAAUUGAAACAAAAAUUGAAAAAAAAAAAAAUAAAAAAAUAAUUCAUUAAAAAAAUUAAUUAAAAUAACAAGUGGAUAGCAGACGGUUCCACAGCUCAGAUAAAAUCCAAGCAACUACAGAACAACAGCCUAGAGUCGAUUGUACUUUUCUUUUUUCUAUCCACAAAUACAACCAACAAACAACAGCAGCAACCACAAUUUUAUUAAACAAUAGUACUACUCUUACUACAGAACUUAAAUAGCCACAAGUAAAUAGAAAUAGCCACAGCAAUUAACUUUAAACAAGAUGCCCAAACACAGAUACACACAGAGCCGUUUCUUCAAAACAGAUUUGUAUUCAUAGCCACAUAACCGAUACAAUAGCCACUUAAUUAGGAUCGAUCAUAGCCAAGCAAUAGAAUCAGAUACAAACUCAGAAUCGGAAAUCGGAGACCGGAAACCGGAAAAAGAAGCAGCACGAAAUCGAACUGCAAAGGCGAAUCCAUUAUAUCAAUAAUAGAGAAAAACAAACAAACAUAAUGCAUUAAUAAAACAAAACCAAUUUUUAUUUCAAUUAUUAACUUUUAAACACUACAACAACAGCUCCACACAGUUACAGUUACAACAACAACAAUAGCCCUAGAAAAAUAAUAUUCAUAAUUAAUCAAUCAAUCAAUCCGUAAAACCAACAACUUCAAUAGUUAUAAGCAAUUGGCAUUAAAGCAAAGCAGGAAACAACCGCAGAAAACUUAAAUCUUAGCCAGGCAAGAGUUUUGAGAAUACUUUUCAUUAUUUUUACAACAAACAAACAAACUGAUGUAAGUACAAUUCAUAAAAUUAGACUUUUGGUAAACUACAAUACAGAAAAUAGAGCAAAAAAUGUUUUUUUUUGCAUUUACAUAAUUACUGCAAAAUUGAAAGAAGAACGAUUUUUUUAGAGCAAAACAAAUGCCAAUAAGCAAAUAAAAAAAUUCGCAUUAUUAUUAGCAAUAGCCCAUAAGUACAGCAAGUGUAUUUAGCAUUAAAGCUAAGGCACAGAGAUUUUUAAACGAGAAACAGAAAGUGAAGAAAAACUUAAAACUGCAGCAAAAAUGUGAAAUUUAUUUUGUUCUGCGUCGAAAAAGAAAUCCAAAAUAAAUAUGUUUAUUUUAUAAGUAAUUUAUAAACGUGAAUUUUCGCCUAAUUUGAUUGACACAAAAAUAAAUGUAAUACUUUUUAUAAACCGUAAAUGAAAAUUUACAACAGCAAAGGCGUGCAUAAUUGUUAUUAUAUUACACAGACACACAUAACUAAGCCUAAGUUUAUAAUUUUCGUUAUCUUUAUUAUUUACUUAUUAUGUUUUAAACGCAAAAACCAGAUAUAUACAAUAUAUAUUUACGAAUUAAACGUUUAUUAAUAAAAUGGAAAAUAUUUUAGUUAAACCAUUUGCUUAUCGUUUCAAUUUAUUAUCACCACAGGAGGCUUUCCGUUCACACACACUGCAGAAGAUAAGAAAACCACAUGAAUAUUAAAUUAAGCACAGUCUAACAAUUGCAACAAGAUACUUAAUACCACUAUACGCAAUAGUUAUAAUUGACAGAUGACAGAAAUAUGAAUAAACUAACAAUAGCCCAAAGUAAAUAUUGGCCCUGAUAGGAGUAGAACUUAAGGCAAAAGCAAACCCUUCUAACAUGGCCAAUAUUUGCUCCAUUUUCACAUGCAAGAGAUGAUGAUGAUGAGCAACUACAAUUGGCACUCAACAGAUGCAAUUACCAACACAACAACAACAACAACAAUAACAACAAAAGGCAAUUGAAACUUUACUUUCGGUUGAUUGAGUUUCGUUUUUAGUUCAGUUCUUAAGUUGACCCUCACCACUUUCGAGAAUUGUUUUGGCUCGAACCUACUUACCAAUUCUGGAAUAUUCCGAACCAAAAUCAAUAAAGGCAGAAACUAUCGCAGGCGAGCCAAAGGAAUCGUACAUCUAAACUCAACACAGCUUCAGGGACCAACUAAAGGAGAAAUGAUUUAAUAAAAAUUAUAUAAAAACAACUGGUAAAUUACAACUAAAAUGUAAACACAAAAGUGUGAGGCAAGAAAAUAACUAAAGCUAAAUCAAGUUUUGAGGCAUAUCUUAAAGGCGAAUAAAUCGAACUAAAAAUUCCCAAAAUUGUGAAACUAUGUAUGCUAAAUUAUGCAAGCCCAGAGAAUCGUAUGUGUGUACAUAAAAGAAGGAGCAGCCCUUUUGGUAAUCUAUAUACAUACAUAUAUAUUAUAUAUUUAGCGUGUCAAAAAUACAUCUAAAGGAACAAAAAAUAUCUAAGAGCAGAAAAUACUUCAGGCCAUGAAAACUUUGGAUAAAAUCUCAUUAAAAUUGUACUUCUAAGGCGAAAAUGUAUACGAUAUGCAAGGAAAUUAAAACUAAAAGUGGUUUAAGUGUAAAAACAUACAUAUUUGGAUGGCAAGAAAGAAAGAAGAUAAUGGAGAGACCCCCUUAAUUUACAUAGAUCUAAUUAUUAUUUCGCUUUGGCGGUGACCUUUUGUGUAAAUAAUGAAACCGACACACACACGCGAAAGCCAAGUGGGAUUCUCUACAAAUCGAAUAUCAAAUGAAAAUGAAAAAACCCAUUUCAAAUUAGCAAAAUUUUUGUCAACAAAAAAAUGACCUAGUAAAUGCUAAAUUCAAAUUUAUAGUACAUAUUUGUGUAUGUAUGAGUGUAUUGGAUAAGUUCGAUGUGAGUGUAUAACAGCUAUUAUUAAAAUUAUGCUUAUCACUUUUGUUUCCAAGUUUUUCUGUUCGUAAAAAAAGAACAAAGUCUAAAACAAAAUUUAAAGCCAAUAAUAAUGAACAACAAAACAUGUGCUGAACUGCUGAAUUCCAAUUGAAUUGCAACCAAAACAAAAAAGUGAAACAUUUCGAAAUAACUCAAAUGUAUGGCAAAAACAUUGUAAAAAAGUAUAAAAAACGAGAGAAAGUCAAGGAAGACAGGAUACAGGCAAAACUGCUUACGGGAAAGUUAAGAUUUGUGUAUAUGUGAAGAGAAUGGACAAAAAUAGCAGGUAUACAAUAACUGUCGCAAACCCAAACUAAAGAAAUGAACAACUUGCAGGAGAGACAGAGGUAAUACAAACCCCAAACAAAACUAUUAACUUGUAAUGAUGUGAACUUGGAGCAUACUCUCAGUAUUUUUAUGAAUACUGUCAAUAAAACAUUAAUUAAAGAUUA